AUGUUUCAGCAGGGCAUGCUACCGCUCUCACGGUGGGGCUACGGCCGGCGCAACCUCUCCUUUGACAAUAGCGUGCUCAGCCGCGCCGGCUUCAUCUCGUUCAUACAGCAACAUGCGCCGAAGGUGAACCGCAGCGCAACCUGCCUCGGAUGGGACCACCCCAUGUACGUACGCAAGCUUGUGCCGAACUGUGACGCGCAGCUCGCCUGGAGCUUCAAGUUCGCAGCGGCGAGCCCGGUACGGCUCCAGCUGGAGAAGCGCAUUGUGCGUGCCGACUUGCGCCGAGGCUUCGCUCCCGAUGAGCUCCCGCCGGCGCUGCCCAAGUUCAACCUCAUCUUGUGCAACCAAGUCUUCGAGCACGUCUCUCGCCCUCGCGAGGCCGCCCUCUCUCUGCACAGCAUGCUUGCGCCUGGGGGGCUACUCUUCUGGACAGCGCCAUUCGCCGAGAUCUACCACCGCGCGCCCGAAGACUUUCUGCGCUACACAUGUUCGGGAGCCGCCGAGCUCCUCUCUUCUGUCGGCUUCCACGUCAGCGUGGUGCAAAAGGUUGGCAACACGCAGCUGACCAGUGGCUGGCUGAUGGGGUUCGGUGCUGGCGACUUUCGCGCCGAGCUCAUUCAAGACAAGCUGGUGAGCAACAUCACGGACUCAAAAGCCCUCGACCGCGACCUGCAGGAGAGCCUCUACAUCUCUUGUGCUCUCGUGUGCCGCAAGUGA